AUGACAGAAAAAGCAAGUGCAGAUGAUUUUCAAGUUGAGGAUUUUCUCAAGAAGAAGAAAAAGAGAAAACAUAAAGAAUACAAUAAGAAACAUGAAAAUGAUGAAAGAGAAAGUAUACAAAAUGCAGAGAUUAGCCGUGCUUCACCACUGCUCUGUGAAGAUCGAGCAGCACAGAGUGGAGAAGGCCGUAAAAAGAAGAAGAAAAAAAAAAACAAGGGGGAGAAGCAACAGCCUUCAUUGGAUAAUUCUUGUGUAGGACUGGAACAUGAAGUUAGUAAUGAAAAUGGAGUAGAUGCUUCCCAAAAGAAAAAGAAAAAAAAGAAGCAGAAGUAUGAUGGUACAGAUGAUCAAAGUGAUGCAAUUUGUGUCACAGUAAAUCAGCAUACCACUGGUAGUUGUCAGGAGAUCAAUGCUGAUUACAUUUAUUUAAAACAAUCUGUUAAGAAGAAAAGAAAAGAAUCAUUGCCUGAUGGGGAUGAGGUACGUGAGCUGCCUACCACAGAAACACGUGAUAAAAAUGACAAAAAAUCAAAAAAGAAGAAGAAAAGAGGCAGUAAUACCCAAGAUACGCAGGAAGACACAGAGGGCAGUGUGGCAACACCGCAGCAAUGGCAUGAAGAUGGUGACUGUGAUGCUGCUUCUGCUGUGAGUGAAGAUUCUAUGGAUGUACCUACUGAUUUUUCAAAGACAACUAAAGCAGAUGAUCGAACUCCUAAAAAAACUCCAGUGCAUGCCAAAAAGCGAAUAAAAAGCAGUGCUUUUGUCAUGGAAGACAGCUCUUCAGAAUCUGACGUAAUGACACCAGAACCCUCAGCCUCAAAUAGAAAGAAGGACCAGAAUAGUUCCUUUACUGAGAUGGCAGCCCUUGAUGAGCUUAAUCUGGAUGAUGAAGAGUUCCUGGACUCUACCACAUGUUCAGUUGUGGAUUUGGAUACUGCAAAACAAGAAUUGGAAGAGUUUAUUCCUCAUGUGCGGAAUAUAUCAGAGAGUUCAAUCAGGAAGAUGGCUAGAAGAGACCUAGUGAGGUUUAAACAGUUUAAAAAACAAGGUAUUGCUGUCAAGUUUGGCAGAUUUUCCCAGAAGGAAAAUAAUCAAAUCCGGAAAAAUAUUGAAGAAUUCUUAUUGAUUACUGGAAUAGACAGUGCUGAAAAACUCCUGUUUACCUCAAGGUAUCCAGAAGAUAAAGAAACUAUAAAUCGCCUAAAAGCAGAACAUCUCUUUUGUGAAAAACUUUCUGAGGGUAUACCACGACCCUGGAGGCUGAUAUAUUACCGAGCAAGGAAGAUGUUUGACCCAAAUAAUUAUAAAGGGAGGUAUAGUAAGGAAGAAAAAGAAAAAUUAAAGAAGUAUCAUGCUCUGCAUGGGAAUGAUUGGAAGAAGAUUUCUGAGUUGAUGUCCCGUUCUAACCUCUCAGUUGCUAUGAAAUACUCUGAAAUCAAGUCGGCUGUUAAUUAUGGCCCUUGGUCAAAGGAAGAGACCCAGAAGUUAAUGCAAGCAGUGGAGGAGGUGAUUAGGAAAAGGAUGGAAAAGGAAGACGCAAAUUCUCUUUCAUCAUCGGAAAAGUCACAGAGAGACAUCUCGAUUGACCGUGAGACACUGUACCAGAAAUUACCAUGGACUGAGAUUGAAACUAAAGUGGGAACUCGAUAUUGGAGACAAUGUAAACAGAAAUGGACUACAAUUUUGACAAACAAGAUCACCAAGGGGCAGCAGCUAUAUAGGGGGACCAAAGGAUUACAGGCCAAGAUCAAUCUUAUUAAAAGGUUGUAUGAAAUGCAAGUGGAGGAUGCUAAUGAAGUAAACUGGGAAGAACUCAGUAAUGCUAUCGGAGGUGUUCCUAAAGCCUACGUUCAAGCAAAAUUUUAUAAGCUAAAAGUCUCCUGUGUUCCUUUGUGGCAAAAAAAGACUUUUUCCGAAAUUAUUGAUUAUCUUUUUGAAGAGAAGCUUCCAGAACUAGAAGAAAAGUUAGAAAAAAGGAAGGGGAAACGCCUUAGUUCUGACAAUUCAACAGCCGAUGAACAGAAGAAGGCUUUCCGACUCAGUGACAUUUUUGACUCCAGUGAAGAGAGUGAUUAA